AUGGAGUUAUUAUUGAAGAACUUACACGAUCCGGAGUGCAAGUCGACAGAACCCUUUUGUGAACUCUUAACUGCACUCAUUCGAGACUUAAAAGAUGAUUGUCGCGAAGACAUUUGGAAUGUCUUGGAAGCUUUAAUAAACGUGCUAGGGCAAGUAGUAGAACAAGCAUACAGGGUGCAAGAUGAUCGCUUGACAGAAGGUUGUGCUGAGCUAUUUUUUCACGUACCUAGAGGUGUCGCUGGAGCUUUUCAUAGCACUGCCAAUGAAAAAAUCUGUUCUAUAAUCUCGGGCAUAUUGCACUUGCCAAACGCGGAUGUUCGGGAGUAUGGUGUAACGAUUCUUGAGAUGUUUGUACAACUGCUUGUUCAGUACGUCCGCAAGGGCGUGGAAGCAGAUCUAUCACCUUUGGAAGUUGCCCUUCUUAACAUGCUAGAAGAUCUCAACUCAAUGGAGCUUGUUAAUUGCAUGGCUCGUCUUUUGCGUUUAUGUUUUGUGCAACGUAAAUGGGUGAACAUGUUUUCUUCCAACACUAAGCUCCUGUCAGUGAUCACAAAACUAUUGUCUUCAUCCUUCUUCGAAAUUAAUUCAGUGUUCAUCGAAUUUCUAUCGGAGUGUGUACUGAAGGUGUUUCCUUCAUCUGAAUGGGGUCAUUCGAUUGGCUGCAUGUGUUCUACUUUAGUUUUCAAGACAGGAGAUCUUUCAGCAGUGUUCAAUUUCUUCAACAACGCAAUAAACCUCGUCUAUUUCGAUGAACACCUAAUGCCCGUCGUCGGGAAGUUCUCUGCUGUUGUGUUUGAGAAGGAGCAUGGUUUUGUAGAACAUCUUCUAAAUCUCUAUUCAACUGUUUGUUUGAACAAACGACCCUUGAAGGAUAUUGUUUGCGGAGAUGUUAAUAAUGUCAUCGAAUACCUUAAGAAUCUUAUUCGUGGAAAAGAUUAUUCCUUAGAAACCUCGCAAACUGCACUUAUUGCUGUUUCAUCAUUGUUCAGAGUAGACCAAUCUCGUCUUGGAGAAAUUGACAUUUGUCAAGUGGAGGAAUUUGUAAGAGUUGCUCUUGCCCAGUUUUUUGUACCUUUCACCAAACUUUGGUCAUCAAUGUAUGGAUUUUUGGAGUCUUUUGCUCGAGGCAUGGAUAUUGAUGAAUUCUGGUCGGUUAUAACGGAAGUAUUUAAUCAAGUCAAUGCAGGAUGUCGAGAUCAAUAUCCAUCGCCUAGUGCGGCAUCUAUUUUGCCCUUGUGUGACAAGAACGAUAGAGCAGACUACUAUUCCGUGCGCACUCAGGUUUUAAAAUUCAUUGACAGCGUUUGGGACCUAGGACAAAGAAGAACAAGAAUUUUAUCUCCAAUCCUUCUAGGAAUCUACGAGAUUGAAUAUCUUCCAUUUAUCACUGAGCGCAUAACUUCGUGGCAGCAACGCCUACCAGAAACGAGCAUUUUAGGAACUGACUCUCAGAAAAACGAGUAUUCAGAGAAACGUGAUCAAUACUUAACCGUAACGAAGACUUUGUGUGCAUUCCUUGAUAUCUACGCUAAAUUUACAGAUGCUAAAUCUGUGUAUUUGGAGCCCAAAAUACGUGACAUGUACAAUCAUCUUUUGAUAUCAGGAAAUGAUAUGGUCCAAAAGUCGGUUAUGGCGUGCAUAUUUUCAUACAAAGACAAGGCUUUGCUACCCUAUCAAGAAAAUUUUGAACGCCUACUCAAUGAAAAACUUUUCCGCGAACAACUGGUCCUGUUUUCCAUAAACGAAAAUGAGGGAAAUUCUAUCAUUCAUUUAGAUCAUAGACGUGCUGUUAUGUACAUACUUCUCAGGCUACUUUACGGGAAGCUCUGGGCACAUACGAAACGUAACGUGGUUGAAUCACGUCGUGCGGCUAUAUUUCGCUAUCUUGGUGGAUGUCGACCAGAUGAAUUGCUAGAUUUCUUGAAGAUUUUGUUCGGACCUAUUCUGGAAGUUAUAGGAGCAGUUGAAAUGGACUUCAACAAAAUGGAAGCUCUAUGUAGCGAUGAGCAAACUUUGUUUAAGAUGGACUUCAUCGGAAUAAAAAGGUGCGUUGUGUAA